AUGAGUAUGCCGAAAUCAAAUGGAACUGAAGCUCAUGUGCAAGUUGCUGUUCGAGCAAGACCACUUAAUCAACGAGAAAUUGAUCUUAAAUCUCCUGUUAUUAUUACAAUUCAUGGCUCACAAAUUUUCGUUAAUAAAUCUCAAGAAAAACAUCAUACACCUAAAGCAUUUUCAUAUGAUUUUUGUUUUGACUCAAUGCGUUUAGAUAAUUCUAAUUAUGCUAGUCAAGAAUUUAUAUUCAAUAAACUUGGUAUAGAAAUUGUUAAACAUGCAUUUGAAGGUUAUAAUGCUUGUAUAUUUGCUUAUGGUCAAACAGGCUCUGGAAAAUCUUAUACAAUGAUGGGAAUACAUAAUGAUCGAGGUAUAAUUCCACGUCUUAGUCAAUCGGUGUUUGAUGGAAUAGAAAAUGAAUUACAACAAGAUGAAAAUAAUGAUAGAAAUAUUGAAUCAAUUGAUAAUGAAAAAAUAAAUGAUAUAUUAUCAUUAAAAUUUUCAUCAACUUAUCGUGUUGAAGUUUCGUAUUUUGAAAUUUAUAAUGAAAAAGUACGAGAUUUAUUAAAUCCAAAUAAUAAUCAUCAUGCAUUAAAAGUACGAGAAAAUAAAAUUCUUGGACCAUAUGUAGAUGGACUUUCACAACUUGUUGUUACAUCUUAUCAGGAAAUAGAAACUCUAUUAAUAGAAGGUAAUAAUUAUCGAACAGUAGCAUCAACAAAUAUGAAUAAUGAAAGUUCAAGAUCACAUGCUGUAUUUACUCUUAAAUUAACUCAAACAUUAUCAACUGAAGCAUCAGAAACACAAAGUGUAAAAGUAAGCAAAAUAAGUUUAGUUGACUUAGCUGGAUCAGAACGUGUAUCAAAAAGUGGUAUUCAAAUAGAACAAAUUCGUUUUCGAGAAGGAUGCAAUAUAAAUAAAUCUCUUUCAACAUUAGGUCUUGUUAUUUCCGCAUUAGCUACACGUCAAUCACAUGAAAAUAAUCCAAAAUCAACAAAAAAAACUUUUGUUCCAUAUCGAGAUUCUGUAUUAACUUGGUUAUUAAAAGAUAGUUUAGGUGGAAAUUCAUUUACAAUAAUGUUAGCAACAAUAUCACCAGCAUAUGAUAAUUAUGAAGAAACAAUAUCAACAUUACGUUAUGCUGAUCAAGCUAAGAAAAUUGUUAAUCAUGCUAUUAUUAAUGAAGAUGAACCAGGAAAAAUAAUACGAGAAUUAAGAAAUGAAAUUGAUAAAUUACGAAAAGAAUUAGCUGAUGCUAAAGCUGAAAAAUCAGCUGAUGCUAAAGAUGAAAAAUCAGCUGAAAAACUUAAUGCUGAAAUAAAAGAAAAUGAAAAAUUAAUGCAAACAAUAACUAAAGAUUGGCAACAACGUAUUGCUGAAACAGAUAAAAUAAGCAAAGAACGUCAUGAAUUACUUGAAAAAAGUGGUAUUUCUGUAUGUAGUUCUGGUAUUGGUCUUGAAAAAGAUCGAUUAUAUCUUGUUAAUUUAAAUCCUGAUCCAGCACUUAAUGAAUUAUUAGUUUAUUAUUUAAAACCAAAAACAUCAAUCGGUAGACCUGAUGCAUCAAUACAACAAGAUAUUGAAUUAAUUGGAGUUGGUAUUUCACCAGAACAUUGUGUUAUUGAAAUAAGAAAUCAAAAUCAAAUAUUUCUUAUACCUUUAAAUAAAUCGAAAACAUAUGUUAAUGGUCAACUGAUUGAUAAUGAAAGACAAUUAAGACAUGGUGAUCGAAUACUUUUGGGUUGUUCACAUUUCUUUCGUUUAAAUUCACCAGGAGAUAAAAAUUCCACAAAUAAUAAUUCUGUUCUAUCAUCAAUUAUGAAUACAUCAUCGCAUUUAUCAUUUACAGACGCACAAAAUGAAUUUUUAUUGAAUCAAUUAGCAACAGAUCCAAUGACUAAAGAAUUAAGAUUAUUUUUAAAACAAGAUGAUAAUAAUCAAGAAACAAAUCAAAUUAUUCCAAAGAAAACAUCUGAUGUUUAUGAAAGAGAAAUCGAAUAUCUUAAAACACAAUUAAUGCGUAGUGAAAGUCGUUCAUCAUCAAUUAAUUCCAGAAGUCAUGCUUUUGAAGAAUCACUUUCAAAAUGGCGUUUUUCAAAUAAACUUCUUAAUGAAUCAGAAGAAAGUCGAUCAUUUUUUAAUCGUCUUAAACAAGAAUUAAUACGUGUUAAUGCUCUUGUAUCUGAAGCAAAUACAAUUGCAAGUGAGAUGCAACGACAGACAACUUACAGUGUUAUGUUACAAAUUCCUGUUUCAUAUUUAAAACCAAGCGAACGUCCAACUAUUCAAGUAAAACGACGAAAUUUAUCACCACAAAUAUGGAAUAUUGAAAAAUUUGAAUCGAAAUUAAAUGACAUGAGAGAUGUUUAUUAUGAAUGGCAAAUGUCAGAAAAUAAAGAACAAUUAUUAACACAACAACAAAAACGAAAUGAUCCAUUUUUUGAUAUUGAAGAAUAUAAUAGUCUAAUUGGUGUGGCAAAUAUUUUUUUAAAAGCUUUAUUUUAUGAUUCGAAACUUGAUUAUCCUGCACCAAUUAUUAAUACACAAGGAGAGAUAUCUGGUUUACUUCAUGUAAUUCUUGUUCAAAUGGGUACAUCUUCAAUGAAGAAAUUAAGUGAUUUUCAAUCAAAUAAUAUUCCACGAGCUAGUAUUAGUGAAGGUAUAAUUCUCGAUGUUAAUGAAAACAGUUUAAGUGAACGUAGUGACAGUCAAAAUAGUCUUGAUGAUGAAAGUAUGGAUGAUUCACCAGGAAUAUCUAAUAAUAAUAGAACCGAUCAAAUAACAGUUAAAUUUAUAAUUAAAGAAGUUCGAGAUUUACCUCCAUGUGAUGCUGAAAAUAUUAUGUGUCGAUAUAGAUUUAUAAAUCAAAAAGAAGAUCAAACAAUUAUUUCAAUAAAAUCUUCAUCGACUGAUAAUGAAGAUGAUGAAAAAAAACCAUCUAUAUUUUCUUUUAAUCAUGAAAAAGAAUAUACAUUAACUAUAACGGAAAAUUUUAUAUCAACAUGUUUUGAAAAUGCUAUUUCAAUUGAAGUAUGGUAUCAUUAUAAUACUAUACCAUUAUUAAUAAAUACAACAGCCAAUAAUGAACGUAAUCGACGUGAUGCUGAAAUUCGAGCAUUAAGUAAUCGAUGGAAAGAAGUUAAACGACAUAUACAAUAUGCUGUUGAAAUACAUGAAUUAGAUGCAUCUGGACGAUGGGAACCAGUUGAAGUUGAUGCACAACAAUCACAAAAUAUCAGUGGCGGAGUUUAUCGUUUACGACAAGGUCAAUCGAAACGUUUAGUAGCACGUUUACGUGUUUUACCACAAUCAGGUACAAUGCCACUUGUUUUACAUGCUAUACGAUCAGUUGAAAUUGGUUCAAUAAGUACAAGAAAAAUGAAUGCACCACGUCAAUUAGAUUCAUAUCAAGAUGAAGAAUUACAAUGUUUAAGACAUGAAUGGCUUGAUUUGAUUGAAAAACGUAAACUUUAUCUUGAAUCCGAAGUUAAAAUGUUAAGUCAACAAACAAAUAAAACAUCGAAUGAUAUUGAAAGAGAAACAACAUUACUUGAACAACUUGUUCGUUUAGCUGAAGAAAGAAAUUUUGCAGAAUUUCCACCACCAGGAAGUGGAAUACCUGGUUCACCACCUUGUUGGACACCACCAGUUACAAUUGAAGAACAUCGUCCAUUGAUAUUUCUUAAUCUUGAUCCAGUUAAUAUGAAUACAGAAAAUGAUACAGCUGGUCUUAAAGCUACAUUAAGUGAAGAAAAUAAAAAUGAUAUGUUUAGAUUACCAUUACUUCAUCAUGCAUCGGAUGAGGUUCGUGCUGUUGCUCAAUGGGAUCCAUCUAUACAUGAAGCAACUGAAAUGAAUCGAGUAACUUCAAGUAAUACAAUUAUUUAUAUGAUUGUAAAAAUAAUUGUAUUAAUAUCUCAACCUGUCCGAAUGGAACUUGUUUUACGUAAACGUAUUGCAACAACAAUUGGUAAAACAGAAGGAUGGUGGUCUGGAAAAGCAAUGAAAUAUCUUCUUGGUUAUAAACCAUAUAAACGAACAAGCGUUGUUUAUGAAAUUGUUUCAAGUAUACCAAAAUAUAUUCAUGAAAUUGAAGAUCGAAAAAGUCUUGCAUUAGUUGCUGGUUCUGAGUGUCAUACACAAAGUUAUGUACAAAAAUAUAUUCAAUAUGCAUCAGCUGUUGAUUCUCUACUUUUACUUGAUAAACUCAGACAAGAAGUUUCAUUAACAGAAAGUUCUGCCAAACAACAAACUAUUCGAAAAGCAACAAGUGUACCUAAUAUUGCUAAUCAACAAGGAAAUACCACUCUAUCAAUAGCACCAAUAAAUAUUCGUCGAGAAAGUGAUGAUGAACAAUCUUCAAUAAAGAAAUCUCCUUCAAUACAAAAUGAUUCAUCUAAUCGACAAAAUCCAUUUUAUGAUGAAAAUAAAAUAGCUAAAUCAUCAUUUCUUUAUCCAAAUAAUGAUACAACACCAUCACAAACAAAAACAAUCAAUCCACCAUUUUCAACAUUUAGUCGAUCAGAAGUAAAUGUAUCAACACCAAUAUCAACACAUAUUGAUAAUAUAAAUCAUAAUGAAAAUCAACAUUCAUAUUUUGAAUCGACAACACCAAGUAUGUUAUCACGUUCAUUAUUUAUUAAACAAGAACAAUUACAACCAGUUCAAACAUCAAGUAUACGUAUGCGACAUACAUUUAAUAUAGACGAUCAUGAAAAUAUAAAUAAUAAAAAACAAGAUAAUGAUCAAGCAUUAUUAUCUAUAAGUACACUUGAAGAAAAAUAUCCUAUAACAACAACUCCUCGAUCUAUUGGAUCAUCAUCAACAUCAAUUAAUGAUCAAAUAACAGAACCAAUAAUAAAAAAAAUUGUUGAUAUUAAUGAUGAUGAAUAUCCAAUUGGUUGUCGUGUUAUUGUUAAUACAGAUCAUCAUAUAUUUAAUAAAGUUGGUUUUAUUCGUUUUGUUGGUAAAACAUAUUUUAAAGAAGGUACUUGGUAUGGUAUUGAACUUGAAGAACCAGUUGGCAAAAAUAAUGGUACAUUUGGUGGACAUUCUUAUUUUCAAUGUCCUGAUAAACAUGGUGUUUUUGUUCGUCGUGAUAAACUUCGACGAAUAAUAGAAAAAAACGAAUUAAAUUCAUAUUAA